AUGAACGAGACAUGCCACAUUCGUGGACCCAUAUUAUGGGUAAACGUCUUCGUUGCGACUCCAGAAAACCGCGAGAAAACGGAUGCAGAGCUCAUGGAUCUCGUGGCUGAGACUAUCCACACGAGAAUUGCUAAGAAAACAACCCCUUUUAGUGUCUCAAUCACCCCCGAGCCCAUGCACCACAGAGUCAUGGGCUGCCUGUCGUUGCCUGCCAGGGGGAAUUAUUGGGCAUUUACACAAUUUCGAGAUUUACAUCUUGAUGGUUUUCUUAGGGAUGCUUUGGAAUUGGCACUAUUUUAUCAGGCGGAAUGUGAGGCUGGGAAUAUUCAGAUUGAUCGGGUGAGACUCUUUCGGGUUUUUCAUUUGAGAUCGGAUACCUCUUAG